CCAUCAAUCAAUAUGAAACUCUCGAUUUUUUCGGGCGAACGGUUUGUAGAAUGUGAACGACCCACGGUACCCACGCUCAUUUGACGUUUUCCACAGUUCCAUAAUUUUUGUUUGUCCCUUUUUAUUCGAUCGGUUUUGUUUUUGUUGUUUGCAUCAACAGUUUGUUGUUGUUGCAAAUUUUGCAUCCAAUUCGCAGCGAUCCGAAAGUGAUUUUAUUACAAACUCGGUCACCGAAGUUCCCCAGUAACCUACCACACAACGAUAGCACAAAUAUCUUCAACAAAUUCAUCCGGCCUUCCGGGACAUCAAGGUGUUAACGUCUUCCGAGCGCAAGACGCUCUUCGCCAACAUUGUCCCCGUGCACGAGUGCUCCGAUUUAGAAAACUGUUAGCAGGACAACAUCAUGCUCCUGGGCCUCCGUCGCAGUAUGUACAAGCACGCCGAGAAACACUUCCACGUGUACGUUAACUACUGCGAGCACCAAGCGAAGAUCGAUCGCACCCUAAAGAACGUCAAGGUGAACAAAACCGAGUUCACCAAAACGCAGCUGGAGUUGGAAUCAGACCCGAUUUGCAGUGGCCUCAGUCUGUCAUCCUUCCUGAUGCUUCCGAUGCAGCAGAUAACACGGAUACGCCUCCUGCUGGACGCCGUUCUUCAACGACUCAAAUCGGACGAAGACGAGUUCAUCAGCUGGGAAAAGACCUUCGUAGCGAACAGAUGUACGAGAUGGAGAUGAUUUCGCGGCAGAUUGAAUUCCCGUCGCGGAAUCGGUCCACCAGGCAGCGUGAUGUGUAAGCUGGAGAGAAAGGGCGAACUGGUGUACUUGCUGUGGCGCGGUGACGACGCCAAACUCACCUUCGGCAAGAAGUUCGGCAUCUACGCGUUUCUGUUCACCGAUUUGAUCGUGCUGACCAAGGGCGACGAAACCUACCUAGUCACGGACUACUGUCCACGUGCCCUGCUGACGGUCAACUCCGGGGAUAUUGUGCCUCAGCUGCCGACCAAGAAGAUGCAAGCCAUCGGAAAGCACCUGAUUAUAAUGACGCUGAUGGAGAACCACGAGGGAAAAACUAUCGAAAUGAUCAUCAACUGUCCAUCGGAAACGGAACGCGAGCGUUGGCUCAAGAUGACGGAACCCUUGUCCUCGGAAAUCCCGACGAGAAGAUCUACGAGCAGUGGGACUGAGAAUUUACUGGAAUGACUAGAAUUCUUAAGCGUUCCCUCGAGAAAUCUGUGAAGAAAUCCUUGAAGAGCA